AUGGCCGGCUCCGUCAACAAGGUCAUCCUCGUCGGCAAUCUGGGCCGCGACCCGGAAAUCCGCACGCUGAACAGCGGCGACCGUGUCGCCAACCUGCGCAUCGCCACCUCCGAAAGCUGGCGCGACAAGGCGUCGGGCGAGCGCAAGGAAAAGACCGAAUGGCACGCGGUCGUCGUGUUCAACGAGCACAUCGUCAAGACCUGCGAGAACUACCUCAAGAAGGGUUCGACCAUCUACGUCGAGGGCUCGCUCCAGACCCGGAAAUACACGGACGCCCAGGGCGUCGAGAAAUACUCGACGGAGAUCGUCCUGCAGAAGUUCGGCGGCGUCCUGACCAUGCUCGGCGGCAAGCCGCAGGGUGAAGGUGAGCGCAGCCAAGGCGACGACUAUUCGUCCGGCUUUUCCGGCCCUGCCGGCAAAUCGUCAGGUCACAGCGAAAGCUACGACCUGAACGACGACAUUCCGUUCUGA